AGCAAAAGAAAAAAAAACACAUAAGUUUUUUUUUUCUUUCUGUCUUCCGCUCUCUACGCAUUUAGCACGCUGACGACGAAGUUGAACAAGCAGCAGAACCAGCAGAAGAAGACAAAGCAAGCACGACGACUCUGUCUCUCUCUCUCUCGCAUAUAUAUCUUUUGAUACGAGAUUCAUCUGUCCUCUUCUCUUUCAAUCAAUCUCCUCGAGACAAUUUCUAAGAUCGAGCUUUUGACAUAUAUCAACGCUCGUCUACUUAUAUGGGGGAAACUGUUAAAGAGAGUGGAGAUGCCAGUUCAGAGCUGGUAAAAUCCAUUGGUGAUAAUAAGCAUGCCAGUCUCGUCAGACCAGCUGCCAAAUAUUACUCUGCUCUUAAAGAUGCUAUGGUUUGUGGGAAAGGAAGAUAUACACUUGUAAAAGAUGUGGACGAGGUAGAAAGUGGAGCUUAUUAUGACAAACCUCUUCCAUGCUUUGGUUGUGGCAUCGGAUGGUUCUCCUUUCUCCUGGGGUUUUUGUUCCCUCUAUUGUGGUACUAUGCGACAUUUCUCUAUUUCGGAAACUACUACCGCAAGGAUCCUAGAGAAAGAGCUGGCCUUGCUGCUUCCGCAAUCACUGCGAUGGGAUUCUCCCUCUUGCUACUGGUGAUUCUUGUUUUCAGGUGGUUCUAGUGGGUUCUUACUUAUACCGUCAGUCAUCAUAUACCAUAGUCUUGAGAGUCCCAUACUGGCGAAAGGAAUAUAGAGGAGGGACUUAGAUACUUGUCUGUACAUUCAUAUAUAUACCUCAUCUUUAUACUCAAGCUCUGUAUCAUUUUCUUCUCGCAAUAUACAAUUGUGUACAAAGAAAAGAGAAAAAUCAAUACAAUGAAACAAAAUGGUUGUUUCUUUCUUUUGAGCUGA